AUGAAAGACCCCAUUUCUCGUAUAAUCGGAUUAUCCGAACGUGUCCCAUUCAGAAGGGUGUUGGAAAUACUAUGGUCGAAUCCUAGACGCCGCGUUGCCACUUCGGCCGGCGCUGUCGCAACAUAUCUUAUCCUGGUGGCUUGUUUACGGUUUCAGAGGCUACGGAGAUUACAUCGCCAGUAUCGCCAAUACUCAACCCGUCAAGGGAUGGCCUACAUGACCGAUCAUGAUGCCUGGGCUAUUCAAAAACAGGUUCUCCAACUGGAGUUCCCUACGAUAUCACUGAAGGCUCUACAGUUUGCGCUCUUCAGGACAUAUGGCAUCCCCACGAUCUCCAAGCUGUUACUCAAGACUUCCCAAUUCUCCGACCCAGCCACCUCGUUCAAGCGCUACGCCGAUACCGGUGCACUCAUCGGCCAGUUCAUGUCCUUUGAGCCAACCUCCGACCGUGCCCUAACUGCCAUCGCGCGAACAAAGUUCCUGCACACCGGCUAUCGGACUAGCGGUAGCAUUCUCAACUCCGACAUGCUCUAUACCCUGAGUCUGUUUGCGACCGAGCCGAUCCGCUUCACGGAGAUGUUCGAAUGGCGCUCCAUGAGCGAACUCGAGAAAUGUGCUAUCGGCACGUAUUGGAAAAACUUAGGAGAAGCACUUGAGAUUGACUUCGCGGAGUUGCCAUCUGCGAAGACGGGAUUCAGAGACGGAUUACAUUUCCUUGAAGAGAUGACGGAAUGGAGCCACCAAUACGAGGAGCAGUAUAUGAAGCCCAGUCCGGAAAACAAAGCCGUCGCUGAUAAGACUAUGGACGUUCUGGUCUAUGUGUUGCCGGCGUGGCUGAAGGGUGUCGGUGUUAAUUUUGCCUCUUGCAUGAUGGAUGAAAGACUACGGGUGGCAAUGAUGUGA